UGUCACCGAGCAUGCGCGGUGUCAUAGCGGAAGUAUAGUGAUAAUCAACACACCACUAGUGGUUUGUUUAGUUUUAUUUGGAAGUUGGAAUUUAUUUUCUGUUUGAUAAAGACAUGGCUGUAAACGAAAACGCUUUGCGGAAAAUGCUGUCUAAGAGUUAUAAAUACAGAGACCUGACCAUGAGGGAAGUCACUAAUGUCAUAAAUCGGUACAAAGACCUGAAGCCGGUGAUGGACAUGUAUGUGUUCAACGAUGGAAGCAACAAAGAGUUACUCAGUCUUACAGGAACUGUACCAGUAACCUUUAAAGGAACUAUAUACAACAUUCCUAUUUGCCUGUGGCUGCUAGACACCUACCCGUUCAAUCCUCCCAUCUGCUUUGUUAAGCCCACUAGUGCCAUGAUGAUCAAAACAGGGAAGCAUGUCGAUGCCAAUGGAAAGAUCUACCUCCCAUAUUUACAUGAAUGGAAGCAUCCUGAGUCGGAUUUGUUCGGGUUGAUCCAGGUGAUGAUUGUGGUUUUUGGAGAAGAGCCACCAGUUUUUGCCCGGCCCACCACACAGCCCACUUAUCCAGGAUUUCAAGCUUCUGGUCCUCCUAAUGCCUCUUACAUGGCGAACACCCCGAGCACUCCAUUUGGCCAGGGUUACUCUCCAAACCCAGGAGGUUUUCAGGGUUAUCCGUACCCUGCUGCUACUUCUGGAUACUCAGCCACACCUGGAACACAACACUACACUCCCACCACUGCUGGAGGUCCAAGUCGCGAUGCCACCAUUGGCGAGGACACGAUCCGUGCGUCUCUGGUGUCUGCAGUGAGUGAUAAGCUGCGCUGGAGGAUGAAGGAAGAGAUGGACCGCUCUCAGGCUGAAUUGGACGCUCUCAAGAGGACAGAGGAAGACUUGAAAAGGGGACAUCACAAGCUGGAGGACAUGGUGGCUAAACUGGACCAAGAAAUAGCCGAUGUGGACAGAAACAUAGAUCUGCUGAAGAAGAAGGACGAGGAGCUCACAGCUGCUCUGGACAAAAUGGAACAGCAGUCAGAGCAGAACGAUAUCGAUGAGCUCAUCGUGCCCACGGCACCGCUGUACCGCCAGAUCCUGAACCUGUAUGCUGAAGAGAACGCCAUUGAAGACACCAUCUUCUAUUUGGGUGAGGCACUACGCAGAGAUGUCAUCGACUUGGACGUCUUCCUCAAGCAUGUGAGGCUUCUCUCACGGAAGCAGUUCCAGUUGCGCGCUUUGAUGCAGAAAGCCAGAAAAACUGCAGGCCUCAGCGACCUCUACUGACCAACACGGAGCUCAGCACUUCUCUUCCCGUUCUUUUUUCUCUGUUCUAUCAAACCCUGCAAUCAGUGUGUUAGCUGCGCUAUCACCAAGUUUCAGGUUUUACUUUAAAUAUCAGCGCACAGAUUAGAAUAGCGAUGCUGUUUUCUACCAGUGAUUAUGUCUGGACAUUUAAAGUUUACACACAUACAUGCACACACACACACACACACACAUACACACACUUUAAUUGACCUACCACUACACUCGUAAGGGCGUGGGAAUCAAGAAAUGAUUAACACUGAUUAUGUAAAAAGAAAAAAAAAGACUUUUUUUCUUUCCUAUUUGCAUUACUAUGAUUAUAAAUGUGAAGUGGCCUUUCCACUUGAUUUGUGGGGACAAUUCUGACAAUCACAUGGGAGAGGGAAUGAAAAUUAAUGUAACUUUUGUUGCUAUGGGCGGUUUAGACACUUAACUUUUAUACUUUUUUUUUAUUUUAUUUGUCUAUAACACUCAGCAACCUUUUCAUACGUAUAAGGAAUCACAGAAAUUUCCAUCAUAUUAAUUAAAGCACUUUGAAGCACUAACAGAUUUAGAAGAAAAUGCUUAUAUAUACAUACACAGACAUACGCGCACACACUCCACAUCGGCUAUGCAAAAAAACAACAACAGUACAUUCCAAAUAUUCUUGUCUUUUUUUUUUUCCUUGAAUGGUAUUGCACCCGUUUAGCCAGAAAAUUGUUAAAAGAUGUAAAGGAAAUAGGAAAAUAGUUUUUUAGUGUUUCGGUUUUGCAAAGAAAAAUCUUUUGCUGCCUAGGAUUAAGUGAGUCGUGUUCAAGUCAAACAGGGACUUUUGAGUUUGGAGCGAGGUCAGGACGAUAUGGGGGAUGGGAUGAUUUUCCAGCCAAGUUCUUGUAAUGUGCAAGUGGUGUUUGUAAAUGAUUGUGUGUACAGUUCCCACAGACAGAUGUGUCUCUUCCACAAGUUGGAGACACGUUCCCCUUCGACUGCAGUAGGCUCAGAGCCACCUCUGCUGUUUUUUUCAUUCUCAGACGCAUGGCGUUUUUAAAACCUUCCAAAUGUUUCAUCGCAGCUAAAAGUCUUAUCACUGUCCUGUGCUUGGAGUCUUUUUUAAAUGUCAUUCAUGAGAAGUCACCGUUUGACUUGAACGCCCUUCAUAUAUAUUUACUACUAUAUUUAGAAUAUAUCAGUUGCUCAAAUCUUGCAUGUUCAUAGCAUCACUUGAUGUUUAUUAUUGUUAUUUGCUCUGCAUUAAUACUACCGUAUUUUUACAGUAUGAAUUGUAACAGGAAUUAGAUCUUUUUGUGUUAUCUAUUGUGUACAUAAUUGUUAGUUUUUUUAUUUUUGUUUUAUAUUUUUUCUAUAUAUAUAUACUUAUGUGCAUACUUGAAAAUAACAUAAAAACAAAUCAUACUAUUCUUGUGAAGGGAAUUUCCAGUAUUCUUAUUAUUACGUCCUCACUAUAUUAUGUAGUGGUCUAGAGAAAUAUAAUUAAAUCUUGAAGCUUGUAUAA